AUGUUGUUGUGGUUGGUUUUGCUCCUGCCUGCGUUCUCCUUGGCUCAGCGAUCAGAGCCCAUGUUCUCAGCUAUAACCGGGACCGUCCUUCCUCCUGACUACGACAACAACCCCACCCAGCUCAACUACGGCGUGGCAGUCACUGAUGUGGACGGGGACGGAGACCUGGAGAUGUUUGUAGCUGGCUACAAUGGCCCAAACCUGGUGCUGAAGUACGACAAGCAGAGGAGGAGGCUCAUCAACAUAGCUGUUGACAACCGUAGUUCCCCGUUUUACGCCCUGAGAGACCGUCAAGGCAACGCCAUCGGAGUGACAGCGUGUGACAUCGACGGAGAUGGCCGAGAGGAGAUUUAUGUCCUUAACACCAAUAACGCCUUUGCUGGUCGGGCUACAUAUUCUGACAAGCUGUUUAAGUUCCGUAAUGGACGCUUUGAAGAUCUGCUUAAUGAUGACAUUAACGAACACAGAGAUGUAGCCAACCGUAUGGCUGGGCGCUCAGUGGCCUGUGUGGACAGAAAGGGUACAGGUCGUUAUGCUAUCUACAUAGCUAACUAUGCCAGCGGCAACGUGGGUGACCAUGCACUCAUAGAAAUGGAUGAGGCUGCGAGCGACCUUUCACAAGGCGUAAUUGCCCUCUCCAACGUGGCAGAGCAGGCAGGAGUCAACAAGUUCACGGGGGGACGAGGUGUCGUGGUGGGGCCGAUUGUAAGCCAAACCUUUUCUGAUGUGUUUUGCGACAACGAGUAUGGUCCCAACUUCCUCUUCAGAAACAAUGGAGAUGGAACCUUCACUGAUGUGGCACAGCAGGCUGGAGUGGAGGACUCCAUGCAGCAUGGCAGAGGUGUGGCUCUCGCAGACUUCAACCGUGAUGGUAAGACGGACAUUGUGUACGGCAACUGGAAUGGACCUCAUCGUCUGUACAUGCAGCUGACCAACCGUAAGCAGAAGUUCAAGGACAUUGCAUCUCAGAAGUUUUCCAUGCCAUCCCCAGUUCGAACAGUCAUUGCUGCAGAUUUUGACAACGACAAUGAGUUGGAGGUCUUCUUCAAUAACAUUGCCUACAGGGGCCCCUCCGCCAACAGACUGUUCAGGGUAAGUAGGAGAGAGCAAGGAGACCCCCAGAUAGAAGAACUCAACAUUGGAGAGGCAUCAGAGCCAGAGGGACGUGGAACCGGAGCUGUAGCCACAGACUUUGAUGGUGAUGGGCGUCUGGAACUGCUGGUGUCUCAUGGUGAAAGUGCAGCACAGCCGCUCUCUGUCUACAAAGUCAACCUGGGCAUCACUAACUCAUGGCUGCGUGUGAUUCCCCGAACCAAGUUUGGUGCUUUUGCCAGAGGAGCAAAAGUGGUGGUGUACACCAAAAAGACCGGUCCGCACACACGUAUCAUUGAUGGUGGCUCCGGGUACCUGUGUGAGAUGGAGCCUGUCGCACACUUUGGACUUGGUAAGGAUGUAGCUACCAAUGUCGAGGUAUACUGGCCAGACGGCCGCUCUGUUGCCCGACCCUUGGAGCUGUCAGAGAUCAACUCUGUGCUGGAGAUCCAUUAUCCAAGAGACGAGGAGGAAGUCACUCCCACUGUGGAAAUAGAGUGUGGUCAUGGGUUCACCCUAAAUGAAAAUGGCCGCUGCACUGAUGAAAAUGAAUGUACCCAGUUUCCCUCUGUGUGCCCCUCUGACCGUCCCAUCUGCACCAACACCUAUGGCAGCUAUAAGUGCCGGGCCAAGAGGAGAUGCAACCAGGGCUUUGAGCCCAACAAUGAUGGGUCAGCCUGUGUGGCCCAGGUGGCUUACUUUGGGGGAACGCAGUCAUCUGGCGAGCGCAAAUGGUCGGGCCUGUCCUUCUGGCUGCUGUCUAUUUCUGUGCUACCACUCGUCACUUUCCAUCUCCAGACUGGACUACUGUAG